AUGGAUACCUUAGUCGAGAGCACCGAGCUGGAGGUGCCCAUCCAGCAGCUCUCCUCCAACUCCAUCGCUCAGCAGGAAUUUCAUUGGGAGAACAUAGUCAAGCUCUUCGGCAAGAAGUCGGACCAGCUGGCCGCACCCGACAGCUUCCCCAAGUAUAAGUUUUCCAUCAAGAAUGAGUAUAUUACCAACAUCAACCAACGUAUCCUGAACAAUAUCCGCUCCGAACGCGGUUCCAUCCACCCGGGCUCCAUGUCGGCGGUAAUCCCCGAGUUCUUCGUGUCGACUGGUUACAACUGCCGUGGAUUGCUGUUCCCCACCAUUAACCACUCCUUCCGCUCCACGGAGUUGGAGAAGCUGUACCAGCGCUACUUCGCUCGCCAGAGGCGCAACUCUGUCGUGGUGAUGAACCUGUUGGACUGUUUCACCAAGUUCACAGUGCUGAUGGUGUACUUCUUCCUGGUGCCCGAUAUGAUCGAACCCAUGAAGAGCGGGCUGACGGGCCUGAUCAUCUUCUUCUCCACCACGCUGUGUUUCAUGGUGCAAGCCGGCAAGGACGCCAUCUCGCACAACUACUUGCAGUAUAUCGGCCUGGCCACCUGGUUCUACCAGACGAUGCAGAUUCUCCUGGACGUGGGGAUGGGCCUGGAGACCAACGAGACCUGGUACAUCCUCUUCAUCGUGUUUGGCACGUACACCAUGCUGCCCCUGCCGCUGCUCUGGAGUAUCCUGGCCUGCACCACCUCCACAUGCGCCCACCUGCUGAUUGAAACAUUCCGCGUCACCCACACCCACGCGAUUCUUCACCAGUUGAUUGUCAAAGGAUUGUUGCUGAUCACGAUGAACAUAGGCAGUCUCUAUAUCAGUUACCUCACCGACCGAGCACAUCGAUUGGCUUUCCUGGAGACCAGGCGGAGUAUUGAGGGCAGACUGCAAUUAGAGGAAGAGAAUGAAAGACAGGAAAAGUUGGUACUGUCCGUUCUGCCACGGUUUAUGAUGCAGGAGAUACUCAAGGACAUGGCUAUAGAGGUGAGAACACAAGGAGGCUUCCACAAGAUCUACGCCCAUGAAUACGCUAACGUCAGUAUAAUAUUUGCAGAUAUCAAGGGUUUCACUAACUUAUCGAUCCUCCUGGCGCCACAUGAACUGGUCCACUUGCUUGAUGAACUCUUUGGGCAGUUUGACGAGCUUGCUGAAGCGAACUCCUGCUUACGAAUUAAGAUUCUUGGCGAUUGCUACUAUGCGGUUUCGGGCAUACCUGAGCCCCGCGCUGACCAUGCUCACUGCUGCGUGGAGCUGGGACUGGGAAUGAUCACUGCUAUCCGGAAUAUCCGCUUGUGUUGCCGCUCAGACAUCGACAUGCGGAUUGGAAUCCACUCGGGCUUCGUCCUGUGUGGUGUGCUGGGGCUGCGCAAGUGGCAGUUUGACGUCUGGUCACUCGAUGUACACAUUGCAGAUGAGAUGGAGAGCUCCGGCCAUCCUGGGCGAAUCCAUAUCUCUGAAGCGACCUUGAACUGCUUAGAAGGUCAUUAUGAAACUGAGGAGGGUUUUGGCAGUGAACGGAAUGCAGUGUUGGCAAAGUACAAUAUCCUGACCUACUUCAUCAAGCGGCCAUCGGUUUUACCCGUGUCCGAGCGAAGGCAGUCGAGCCUGAACAAAGAGCCCAAUAUCCCCCAGAGAUUACUGCUUGCUAACAGGAGGACAGAGGCUCUCCGCAGCAGUGCCCAGAAGCUUGAUAGUAACCUGCACCAUAUGAAUAAGACCAACGCUCCCUGGAGGCUGGAUCACCCCUUCGACAGGAUCAUGAGCUUGAACAAAGUGCUCGCCGCCAUCUUGAGGAAGCCCAGGGAGCCUAUCAUCAGAUCCAGAGCCCUCUCGUUCACUUCGGCCAGAUUCUGCUCGGUGAACGUGAGAGUUGAGAACGCCAUCGAGCUGCGUAGCAGUGACAGGCUGCGAGCCUGCUACAUCAACGAGAUCUCCUUGGUGUUCAAGGAUGAAGACAUUGAAAGGAAGUAUCGCAGGAUGCGGGACGAAGUGUUCACUUCCAGCAUGGUCUGCUCCUUCAUUAUAAUGCUCUUCAUCAUCGGAAUGCAGUCAAUGUUCAAAAUACCCGAGUGGACCAUGCGGCUGGGCCACUUCACCUGCAUUGUACUCAUCUACUGUUGGCUCCUGCUGUGCACCACUGCCGAGGGCUUUGCCUGCCUGCCGAAGGCCAUGCAUCAGCUGUGCGGCUGGAUCCAUGAGACCUACAGUGUGAGGACCUCCAUCAUGCUCAUCGCCAUUUCCGCCAACUUUAUCUCCUCCAUAUACGACAUGGUGCGUGCCAGCUGGCCCAACACCACCGUCUCUAAGUUGAACCCAUAUGCAGAAACUCGUCAUAAUCAGAGCGCAUGGGACGAUCCUACCAUUUGGGCAGCAAGCAUCUGCAACCAGCCUGAGUUCUUUCUGCUGGGUAGUGUGUUACCCAUGAUCACCUCGGCUAUCUUUCUCCAUCUCCACUCGGUUGUGAAGAUGUUGUGCCUCACAGUGAUGAUGAUCAUCUACAUCUACAUCGCUGAGGUCACGCUGGAGAAGUCCCCUCAUUCCACUGAAAUAUCAUUGGAAAGUGCCUACUACAAGUGGCAUCAAGGGAUCAUCUUCUUGCUGAUGUUCAUGUUUGUCGUAACCGUCGCUUACCAUGCACGACAGAUCGAGUCAACAGCACGACUGGACUUCCUGUGGAGGCUGCUGGCCAAGAGGGAGAUGGAGGAGAUGGCAGAGUUACGUCGGCACAACGAGAGUCUCCUCCACAACAUCCUGCCUCAACAUGUGGCUCAUUACUUCCUCCACAAGGAUCCCGAAGAUGAGGACGUCUACUUUGAGUCGCACAACGAUGUGGGCGUCCUGUUUGCCUCCAUCCCGGAGUUCAACGCGUUUUAUUCACAGGCGGAGGGCAACAAGCAGGGGAUGGCGUGUCUGCAGCUGCUCAACGAGAUCAUCGCAGACUUCGAUCAGGCUAUGAAUGAAGAACGCUUUAACAAUGUAGAAAAGAUUAAAACCAUUGGGAGUACGUACAUGGCAGUGUCUGGUCUCACCACGGCGAUGGAGGGGAACGACGAUGAAUGGCAGCACCUGUGCAUCCUGGCAGACUUUGCGAUCGCUCUGGAGAGUAUCAUGGCUCAGAUCCAACACCACUCCGACAUUGACUUCAAGCUCCGCGUGGGAUUCAGCCAUGGAUUUGCGAUCUCAGGAGUGAUUGGGGCAAAGAAGCCUCAGUUUGACAUCUGGGGCACGACAGUGAACAUGGCAAGUCGCAUGGACUCCACGGGUGUGAGUGGGAAGGUGCAGGUGCCCGCUGAUACCCAGGUGGUCCUGUCCCUGCGCGGCUUUGUGCUGGAGUACCGGGGAGCCAUUACCAUUAAGGGCUUCUCGGAGACGCAGGGCAAGAUGGAUACCUAUUUCCUGUUGGGGAGAGUGAAGGAGAUUGUGAAGCAUCACUGGAUGAGGCGGAUGAGUUCCCAGCAGACGCUGUCCGCCUUUGUGUCUGGUCUGGUGCAGCAGAAGAACACACCGGCAGCCCCCAACAACAAGGACCAGACCGGACCAGACCGGACCAGACCGGACCGGACCGGACCAGACCGGACCAGACCGGACCAGACUGGACCAGACCAGACCCGACCAGACCCGACCGGACCGGACCGGACCAGCGUGUCCAUCCGCGGCGUCCGUGCCUCGCCAUCCACCGUCGCCGGGCGGGAGCGGCUGUGA